UUCCUUCUUUUAUUAUUUUCCUUUUAUUUUCCAUUUGAACCAGACACCAAAAUUACGGAAGCGAUACACUAUGGCGACUGACUCGGAUGACUCGUCCAUCCCCUUCCCAAACAAGUGUCGCAAAACCCUAUCCUCGACCUCCAAGUCGAAAAUCCAAGACAACCCCAAUCACUCUCAUUUCGAAGCUCAAGAACAGCUACAAUGGACUGCCAAUGCCAAUUCCAGUUCCCCUUGCAUGAUCUGCUUAUCCGACAGUGCCACAUCAAUCAGAGGCAUAAUCGAUUGCUGCGACCAUCACUUCUGCUUUCUUUGCAUCAUGGAGUGGGCAAAGAUCGAAUCCCGUUGCCCCAUAUGCAAGCGGAGGUUUAGCACCAUUCAUAGGCCGUUCAAGGACGGUGUCUUUUACCGUGAACGCGUCGUCAGGUCCCAGUCCGUGACCAGAUUUACACUCCUUAUGGAAACACAACAGCUGGGCCUUCUGAUCCUUUUUCACAAGUUCUAUGUAGCAUAUGCCAUCAAACGACAGAUGACAAUCUUCUAUUACUUUGUGAUCUUUGUGAUUCGGCUUCUCAUACAUACUGUGUAGGCUUGGGUUUUACCGUUCCUGAAGGUGAUUGGUUUUGCCAUGACUGUACCGUCUGUAGAACACAACUUGUCAAUAGGGAAAUGCAUGCUGAUAGUGACAAUGGAAAAGUAAUACCAACUCCUGAGGAGCAUGUUACCAUCUUUAAUAUCGUAAGAGAACCAAAUAGCCCAGCAGUUGCCAGAAAGGCCACAAGAUCUUCAAAUCUAAACCUGCUGUCACCUCUUGUUGCCCCAGAUAGGGGAAACAGUGUUGUAGUGGAAGUAAAUGGCCCUGCUGCAAGAACACUUCAGAAUGUUACUGAUGGAACAACCCAGUCAGGUGCAAGAACAUUGCAACGUUGUCGUCACGUGCACAGUCAUAUCCAGGCACUUCGUGAAAAUUGGCAUGCCUUCCGUAAUGGGUCAUUGAGCUUCUCUUCCCUUUCAUCUAAACCUGGCUGCGGGAGUGGCCAAAAAUCGAACAUCAGGGCAGUAUUGCAUGAAAGAUCGGAUCAACAAAAUUCAUCAUCUUCCACAAGUUGUCAGCAAUUGACGACUGAGGCUAGUUUUCCUGGAAGUUCUGGGCACGACAGAAGCUCGCAUGACAUUGAUAAGGCAUGGAAAAUGUUGUUUAAAGCAAAGUCCAUACAGCAUACUCUUGAAAAGCCCAGUUGUACUAAUCAGGUUUCAAAACUUCAUUCCAGCACAGGAAAAGCUGCAAAAGAUGCACCCAGUAUUAGUUCAACUUUUCAUUCAUUCAAUUUGGAGCCGGGGAUGUUGGAAGAAUUGCUAUGAAGAAGCAUUAUGAUUGUUAUUCUCUUGAAAAAGAUAUAGGAAAUUGUCAAUCUGGUAAGGUAAAAAAGCAGAAGCAUAGUAGUGUCACUACUAAAGAAACUGUAGAAUCUAGUGAGAGUGAGGGUGUCGCAGCAACGCAUUCCCUAGCAUCUUUCAAAUCUUCGUUCUCUAGAAAUAAAUGGUCAGGUAUUCAAGGUAAUGUCUGUGGUAAAAAUGGGUCAAGACUGUUACAGGGAUAUGUAAAUGGAGCCUUAUUAAAUUUCACCAACAAGGACAAUGAAUCUACUUGUUCGAUGAGUUUGGUUGGAUCAAUGCCAAGAGUUGCUGAUUCACCAUAUGUUAAAACAGAGCUCAAUACAUCUGUGCCUGGUGAGGUAGAUUUUCCGAAUGAGAGAGUUAGAUCUGGAAAGGAUCUUACUAAAAGCAAUGCAGUUAAAGAUGAUGAAGCCAAAAGUGAGAUUCGAUCUCUUGUCAAGCUCAACUUGAAGCUCCUAAGCAGAGACAAAAAGUUGGGAGUUCAUGCUUUUAAGGAUAUUGCAAGGCUUGCCACUCAUACUAUCUUGGCCGCAUGUGGUUUAGAGCACCGUAUGUCUGGGGUUACCCCCUUCCCGUGCUCAGUGUGCAGCCACACUGAACAUAUUCAGCAGCUCCACAAGUCCACUCUAAUGCCUAAUUCUUGCCGAGAAUGCUUUUGUAUCUUUGUAAAGGAUGUUGUUAACUCCGUUAUGUUGCAGAAAGUCAGUUGUAUUGAAUCAAACUGAGUUAUUCAGCAUGCGGAAAGCAAGACUACCCUAUCCUUUUAAUACCCAAUUACAGAAGUAUGCUUCAUAUCCUUCUGCAAUUUCCUCCCAUUUUAGAGAUUAUUCUACUUGUUUUGUACUGAUUCAAGGAAGAGAAUAACUUUUCACCCGUGCUUCUUAUAAGCUUCAUUUAUCGAAGAUCAAUAGUGUAGUACCACGUAAGAGCUACAAUUUUAAACCUGAAAGCUGCGCUGCAAGGGAUUUAUUACGACCCUUAUAAAAGUCACCUUGGGACAAGCCGUGACACUGUCCUUGGGAGGCAAAUACAGCACCUUGGCUAGCCCACAAGCACACCUUGGCUCGUGGGGUGACACACACGGGGUGCCCAACAUGCAUGCGCGCCUUGGCCCGCGCAGUGGCACACAUGGGUCGCCCAGCAUGCGGAGUAGAGGGGCUAGUGAGAGCUUGCUUACGCGCACAACCUGGCGCCGCACGCCCAUGCGCACCAUGGUGGGCCGCGUGGCCCUUGCAAGCACCCAUGCACUGCAAGGCCUUGCGCGGCACUUCCAGCCCACUCGGCCACACUUCAACAGGGAUAGUGGCAUGCCAUCCAGCGCACGGCUCUAGCCCGUGCCUUGCAGAGCAGGUCAGUGGCAUGCCCACCAAGCAUGCUAUCCAGCGCACGGCUCCUGCCCGUGUCUUGCAGGGCAGGUCAGUGGCAUGCCAUCUCGCGCAUGGCUCAAGCCAUGCCUUGCAGACUCAGUGUCUAAGCCACCAGCAACAGACAUGCCAUCCAGCGCAUGGCUCCAGCCAUGCCUUGCAGACUCAGCGCCUAGGCCACCAGCCUAGGCCAUGCCGCACGCACACAGGGCUCACCACCAGCAGGCCUUGCAUGGCACCAUGCCAUGCCCACCAGCAGGCCCUUGCAUGGCACCAUGCCAUGCUCAUCCGCAAGCCAUGUUGUGACACCUAGCCAUGGACCAGACUGAAGGCCACCAUGCACCAUCCUAGCCCACCAUGGGCUCAUGCAUGUCUGGGUCAACUUGGCCCGCCACUAUGUUAUUUCCUUUCAUUUAUGUUAUUUUAUUUUAUUUAUUUCUAAUGGGCCUUUUGGGGGUUUCCAAGUUGUAACUCUUAUAUAUAGGACCCUUAGCUCCUUCAUUUCAUAUCUUUGGAUAAUUGGCUUAAGAGAGCUUUGUUUUGGAGAUCAUCUAUUUCGGUGCUUAGCACUUGGGCUCUUUCGGGUGCAAUUCGUGAAUCCCUAAGGAGAGAAUUACACUUUACAAUUCGUGAAUAAGUGUGAUUCAAUCUAUCAAUCAUAUUGUUUUUGUCA